UUGCACAUUUGGAAAUUGUAAAUAAAAAUUCACAUUGGAAGUUUAAAUAUAAAUAAUAUUACAUUGAAGUGACUAACAAUUAUGAGUAUAAUUAAUUUUGAAAUUGAAGAAAUACGUAAGCUGUGCGAAAAUACCGUACCAAAUUCUAAAAUUAUUGCUUGCAUUUGUGGAGAAUCACCGCUUGUGCGCGUAGACAUAAUCGAAAAUGAGUCGUAUCGCCAACUCACAGUUUGCUUGCGUUUUCCAACCAAUUAUCCAGAUGAGUCAAUCCUUGUUGAAUUGAAAAGUCGAACGUUGUCCAAUAAGUUUUUAGACGGCCUUGCAACACUUAGUGAGAAACAUGCGCGCCAACAUUUGGGAAAACCGCAAGGGCUACAUGUACUAAGAUUUGUGCAACAAUAUCUGACCGAAAAUCCACUUUGCGUUUGCUUUGACGAGAUACAAGAUCUACGACGCGAUCUUGGCACGGACGCCACACCAGAUCAAUUGAAAUUAAAACAACGUCAUUCGAUUGUGCAAUUAACAGCAAAAGGUGGCGAGUACUACUACAAAGUGAGUGCAUUUUUACCAAAGGAUUACCCGAAAGAGUGUGUGCAACUACAAAAUCAGGAAACCAAUUUACCAGCAAUUUUGCUUCGUUAUUUGAACGGGCAAUCACGUGAAAUAGCUAGACAAUGUGUCGAACCGCCACUUCGUUUGAAUAAGAAAGAACAAUUGGCUUUUCAACCAGUACCUAGCUUAUAUCGUGCUCUCAAAUUUUGUCUGGCCGCUACAUCGGACUUUCAUAUAGAGUUAUGUCCAAUUUGUGAGAAAGAGGUGUUACCAAAGAAACCAACUCAGUUGGAGUUAGAUGAUACCAAGGACGCAUAUGUAGAACGUGUAUACUGUGGGCAUCUUUUUCAUCAGGCUUGCCUCAAGCAUUACCUACAACAACCACCUUUUCCGAAAGGUGGUAAAUUAUGCCCAGCUAAGCGACGACAUCCGCGUUCCGAUGCAAAGUACUAUAUGGGUGGUGCCAAUAGUAAUGGAAAGCAACCGAUUGUAAAUGCAGAUAACGGUGGAACAUGCGGAAUUCGGUUGGCACACGAUCGUUGGGUUGUUAAUGUAAAAUUAGCCGAAUCACGUUGGGCGCAAAAGCAAGCGCGGGAACGAGAACUGCAGGAAGUAGUCGAUUUUCUGAAGUAAACUGAACUCGUGCCUUACGCAAGUGCAUACUCAAAUAAUAGUAAUUUUAUAUAUGGUUUAUUAGUUGUAAACAGGUUUUGAAACAUUUAAAUUAAAAAUAGAAUAUAUUAAACAAUAAACUAA